AUGUUCCCCCCCGCCCAGCCGGGGGUGCCGGGCGGGCGCGGCUCUAAGGUGCCCCCGGCGCGGAAGCUGCUCUGCAUGUGCAGCCUCUCCGUCUGCCUCACCUACCUGUGCUACAGCCUCAUGGGGGGCACCGGCCCGGGCGCCUUGCGCUCCCCAGCUGCGCUCCCCGGCACGGCGAUCCCCGGGGCUCCGCGCUCUCUCGCCGCACUCACUGGCACGGCGAUCCCCGGGGCCCCGCGUUACCCCGCCGCGCUCCCCGGCACGGCGAUUCCCGGAGUGCCGCGCUCCGCCGCCAGCCCGCCGGGCAGCUCCAGCCCGCCGGGCAGCUCCGGCCCCCCGUCCCCCUCGGCGGCUUCGACGCGGGCCUCCAACGGCAGCCGGGAAGGGGCGGCGGGCGCCUGGCUGCGGACGCCGCUGGCCCCCGGGGAGGUGAUCACAGCACAGAGCGGAGCCUUCGAGAGAGACCCGCAGGAGUCGAGCACCACGGACGAGGAGCUGAGCCGGGCCGGCAGCCCGGGGAGCCGCGGCGGCGGCAGCACCACGCCGGACUACGGGGAGAAGCGGCUGCCGCAAGCCCUCAUCAUCGGGGUGAAGAAGGGGGGAACGCGGGCGCUUCUGGAAGCCAUCCGGGCGCACCCCGACGUGCGCGCCGUGGGCACCGAGCCCCACUUCUUCGACAGGAACUACGAGAAGGGGCUGGAGUGGUACAGGAAUGUGAUGCCCAAGACCCUGGAUGGCCAGAUCACCAUGGAGAAGACCCCCAGCUACUUUGUGACCAAUGAGGCUCCCCGACGCAUUCACUCCAUGGCCAAGGACACGAAGCUGAUCGUGGUGGUGAGGAACCCCGUCACCCGUGCCAUCUCAGACUACACGCAGACGCUCUCCAAGAAGCCAGACAUCCCCACCUUCGAGGUGCUGGCCUUCAAGAACCGGACCCUGGGGCUGAUUGACGCCUCCUGGAGUGCAAUCCGCAUUGGGAUCUACGCCCUGCACUUGGAGAACUGGCUCCAGUACUUCCCCCUCUCCCAAAUCCUUUUUGUCAGUGGCGAGAGGCUCAUCACUGAUCCAGCUGGGGAGAUGGCCAAGGUCCAGGACUUCUUAGGCCUCAAGAGGAUUGUGACAGAGAAACAUUUUUAUUUUAAUAAAACCAAGGGGUUCCCCUGUCUAAAGAAGCCAGAGGACAGCAGUGCACCCAGGUGCUUGGGCAAGUCCAAGGGUCGAACUCAUCCCAAAAUAGACCCAGAUGUCAUCCACAGACUGAGGAAGUUUUACAAACCCUUCAAUGUCAUGUUUUACCAAAUGACGGGCCAAGAUUUCCAGUGGGAACAGGAAGAAAGUGAUAAGUAG